AUGGAUGGCCCAGCUCUGGACAACGCCAACCCUACGCUCUUGAGCCUGGAUCAGCUGCCAAGCCGGCAACGCAAGAGAGCAGCCGCCGGCAGCAAUGGCCCUGAGACCAGGUUUGAUCACAUCCUGUCGCUCAAGCACUCUUCUGCGCCACUGGACCUCUCCUCGUCCUUAUGGCCGUCAUCAGAUGAGGACGAAAGGGAGAGUGAACUCACCGAGGAGCCCAUCGAUGAGCAAGAGAUCUAUGACCUCAUCUCGACAAUCUCGGACCCAGAGCACCCGGCCACGCUGGGCCAGUUCUCGGUCGUCAAGCUGGAGGACAUCCACAUCAGCCCCCCUCCCGGCGCGGCAGGGGCCAGCGACCCAGACACCCUGACGCAGGUGCUCGUCGACCUGGAGCCGACCGUCGACCACUGCUCGCUGGCGACCGUCAUCGGGCUCGCCGUGCGCGUGCGCCUCGAGGCGGCCCUGCCGCCCAACUACCGCGUCGACAUCCGCGUCAAGGAGGGCACGCACAAGCAGGACGACCAGGUCACGAAGCAGCUGUCGGACAAGGAGCGCGUCGCCGCGGCCCUCGAGAACGACACCCUCAAGGGCGUCCUCGAGAAGAUGCUCGAGACCUGCAAGUGA